AAGAAGUUAAGCCACUUUGAGUAAUUGUGUCCAUAAAUAAACUAAUGCCGUAAUUCCAUCUAUUAUACAAGCAUAAUGUGCGUUGCUUGAUCCGACUCACCAUGUUGUCAAAGAAAUCCCGCGCCAGUCUAUCGAUCUCCAAGUCGGAGCCACAACCGCCGACAAUGCGAUCGAUCAACACAGCCUGCAAAAACCCCCCAUGUCUCAAAACAACCUCUCUACUCUAGCGAAAGAGGCCGCUAAACUUGUCAAACUUUCGAGUCUGCAGAAUGGCCUCCCGGGCUCGAUGCGCGCUAUACCGGUCGGGGCGAUCGUUGCUGGGUGCGUUAUUGCCAGAGUCGCCGGAACGUCGAAUAUCCUCGAGAAGCGAAUGAUCGGGGCUGAUGAGAUGAUUGCGUUGGAUAAACCGAAGGGGAACGAGAAUACAGGGCAAGGGCAGGUUAGGCAAGAUGGAGCAGGGAAGAAGGAAUAAAAACGAACAGCUUGUCGAAUAUUUGGAGUUGCAGGCGUUAUCGGUGGAAAGGCAGGGA